ACGCAUGGAACACUCUGACAAGCCCAGCCCAGACCAGACAGCCACUCCUCGGAGGACUCGCUGCUGUCCCCUUUCUGGAUUUCUCCCCCGCUGUCUGCCAGACGUGAUCUGGCAAUAGAGCGUGGCUCCCCUCAACUCUCGGCUUCAUCCAUGAGGCACAUUGUCCUUUUGCUCUCUCAGACCCCAGAGGACCAUCGACGCCGCCACAGACAUCGUCGCUAGCAAACCAAUCGCGUCUCCAGACCAUGUCCUCGGUAAGCAGUAACGACUUGGGCCCCGCGUGGAAGCGUCGUCGUCCCGCCACCGCGUGCAACCAGUGUCGUCGUCGCAAGAUUCGCUGCGACGGUCGCGCGCCCUGUGGUCCGUGUAGCAAGCCUCCAGGUCGACUGUGCGAGUAUGCUGCGAGUCCCUUCUAUGAGAGCCGCCCCGCCGUGCACACGCCAGUCGAGGGCGUGCCGCCGCACGUGAUGCCCCAUGAGGCAUAUGUGCAGCCGACGUUGACAACGGCGGCGAUGUCAGAGGCGGGCAUGUUUGGCGGUCUCAGCCCAGCCGACGCGUAUCCGUUGGAGGCUGGCAUGUGCAACUACUUCCCCAUGGCGGAUCUUAGCAUGAUCGGCUGCUUGUCCCCAGGCGAACUGCCCAUCCAGUCACCUGCUCUCACGCAUGCCACCACCUACUCAUCCGCGGGGAGCUCAUCACACACCCCUCCCAGUCCAAGUCCGCCGUAUCAGUCCCCUUUGUUUGGCGCGUCAUCGGCUUCAACGUGCUCCCCUCUGGCGUGCGGGCCAGAACCGCCCGAGCUGGAUCAUCUGCUGGAUCAUGACUCCAUCGACGAUCAGAGCGACUGGGAGGAGAUUUUUGAGCGAUGCGACCGGUUAAAAUUCCUUUCGGUGGCGUUUGGCGGCAACGCAAAGACUCUCAGACCCAAUCAGGAGCGUUUACGGCCUCUCAUGAACCGGUUCACGAUGCUGGAGAGGAGUCAGAAGAGCAGCCGUGCGUGCUUUAGCAGCUACAGCGCCGUUGGGUGCGCCAAGGACAUCCUCCCUCCUCGCGCGGCGUGCGACGUGCUUGUCAAGGCCUACUUCAGGAAUUUUGAGCAAGUCUUUCGCAUCCUGCACCUACCGAGCUUCUUGCGGGAGUAUGAGCGAUUCUGGCGCCAGCCGUCGCCCUCGAUGUCUAUAGAGACGGACGAGCCGCUGGCGUGCAAGAUUGCGGUCAUCCUAGCCCUGGGGUCCAUUGUCGUCCUCACACUCAACGGUGCCUUUGGGCCGACCAUUCCAGGGCCAGCUGAGGAGCGUGCGUACCUGGAGAAGCAAGCAGGUGUCUGGAUCUCGUACGGGAAGCAAUGGCUCACACGUCGGAUGCCAACCGCCCAGCGCACGGAUGUGCACAUUGCGCAGAUACUCUGCCUGCUGGGCCUGGUGCGCCACGUCCAUUCCGAGGACGCGGCAUCGUCUGGGAUCCUCGUCCAGCCUGGUGAUUAUUGCCUGGCCCGCGUUGGGAUGCAGAUGGGCCUCCAUCGUGAUCCGCUGGUCCGCAGUCCAGAAAUGACGAGACACGAGGUUGAACUUCGUCGACGCCUGUGGGCGACCAUGGUCGAGCUGUCCCUGCAGAGGAGUCUCGACGAGGGUUUGCCGGCUCCUCUGGCGCCGGAGAGCUAUGACUGCCAGCCGCCCUCGGACAUACCCGACGAAGACCUCGAAGACGAGUUCGCCACAGGCGUCACGAGUGGCUCUGACCUGACGCCUUCCACCAUCCUCGUCCUCUUGUGUAAGACACAGCGCUUGCGUCUGCACUGCCUGCACCUCGUCAACUCACCAGGCGCGUCAAAGUCAGACGCCGAGCUCCAUGAGCUCGCCAAGCGUCUCAGCUUCGCCUGUGGCUCUAACAUUGACGUUCUUCGCGGCCUGCCCACGAAGCCGAGCGACUUCCAGAUCCAGCUCCUACAAACCUACACGCGGCAAUUUGUCCAAGCCCUUGUCGAAGGCGGCCAGCCUGCCACGGACCACGCCACCGCGCACUACUGCCGCAAGGUGCGCACAGAGGUUGCGGCGCGCAUGCUGGGUUAUCCACCCUCGCUCGCGCUGGUGACGGCCGAGACGAUGGUCGAGACACGUCCCCUAGCCACGCUCACUGAGGGCAAGGCUGAUGCCUGCGUCGCCCUCCGCGUCUUUGGCGAGGGCUACCUCGGGCGUGUCCAGCGGGACUCGGCCAUCAGCAUGUGUCUCGACCUAGUGCGGGAGCUGGAAGACUACAACUUCCCCGCCACAGACGGCGCCUGCUGGCAGCGGUGUCAUCACAUUGUGCGGGACACCGUCUCGGUAUUCGAGCGCCGGGUGCGCGUGUCAAGGGGCAUGCACAGCAAGCGGGAGUUGCUCUUCUUUGCAUGUGCAGAGGCCAAUAUCGCCGGGCUGCUCAGGGGUGCGCAGUCAAGGGAGAUUGAUGAGAGCAUUCAUCGCGCAGCGGAGCGCGCACUGGGCGUUUGUUGCGAUGUGCUGGGGAGGAACAUCCGCUCGUAGGAGCGCUGGGCGGACUCGGGAGGCAUGUGUGCCUUGCUAGAUGGGAUAAUAAUGAAUAAUGACAUACUCUUUGACUUGAUACGACUUGAGACAGCAGGUAAUCGGCUGCCUGAAAUAAAUAGGUGGAUGGCGCCUAUAAGGGCGCAUGAGUGAGCGUGAGGGGG